GCGCCACCGUCGCCGCCACCGCCCCGCCAGGGCAUCACUGUUGCCUCUUCUCCCGCUCUCGCGCGCCGCCCGUCCCAGCGCGGCGUCCUCAUGGCAAUGCAGCAGCGCAGCCGGAACGCGGCUCUCACGGGAUUGCUCCAGGCUAGGGUAAUGUGGUCGGUCAUCAAUCUCCCCACUGGCGUGAUCCGCCGGAGCUCCAGCCUCGUCCACAAUGCCGUGGGAUUGGCUGAGGGCGCACUGGGCGCGCUGAGCGAUCUCGCCAAGAACACCGGCGCCACUGGCGGAUUCGUGGUCCAGCAGGCGAUCCAGGGCGGCCGCCUCCUCCUCGAUGCCGGCGGCAUCGGCCGCGGCCAGUCGCGAGCGCCGCCGGUGCGCAGGACCUUCGCCGGCUCCAUGGAAGCCAUGACGUUCGUGCGCAACUUCGACAUGGAAUUCGGCCAUGGCCGACCGGAUUUCGAGAAGUCGAGCUUCGUGGAGGCGGUGUCCCGGGCCGUCCAGGAUUACAAGCUCAUGUUUGCGUACCUCCACUCAUCCGAGAACGCGGGAUCUCUCGAGUUUUGCCGGAGAACUCUGUGCUCGCAGGAGGUGGUGGAGUUUGUCAACGCCAACUUUGUGUCGUGGGGAGCGGACGUCCGGAGCAGCGAAGGCUUCCAGAUGAGCAUAAGCUUGCGAGCUCCUGGUUUUCCUUUUUGCGCUGUCGUUGGAGCGUCCUCGCCACAGCAUUUGUUGGUGUUGCAACAGGUGAAUGGUCAAAUGUCUGGGCUGGAGCUGAUUUCCACGCUGCGACGAGUCCUAAAACAGCACGGUGGAGCCCUCUCGGUUGCACGAUCUGAGCAAGCCGAGAUUGCAAAGUACCGGCGUUUACGUGAUGCAGCAGCGAAUCAGGCCUUGUUGGUCCAAGCGCGGUCACCGCAGCAGAGGGUCCACGACAAGAAAGCCAGUGAUUCCGAGGAGAGCAACAACAAGAAGAAGAGCGUGGCUCCUGCACCGAGGCGGCGGAAAUGGUUCUUUCUCAAGAGCUGAGGCAAGCUUCGAUCAAGUGAUCAUGCGUCGGGUAAAAGAAUGUCCGGCUCCAAUUGGGGCGCGAUUAAAGAAAGGCCGGUCAAACAAGCAAGCACAGCUAAGCUCGAUUGAUUUGAGCGGGCGAGCGAGCAAGGGAACAAAAAAAAAAGGAAAAGGUUGUAAGUUGCUCGCUAAAAGCUGGGUCGAGUUGGUUGCUCGAGAACUUAACUCGCACUGAAUUUGGAUCUCGUCGCAACUGCCAAUGAAGAACACAUGCGCUGAAUUGAUUGGACGAUUCUUCUCUCGUCUCGCAACUUUCUCCGCAUUAUAGAGAGAUGUACGCUUUGGAGCUAAUGCUGGUACGGCCGUCGCCUAGUUGCCCCAGCCACGGCCGUAUGGUUCUAUCUCCACGCACAGUUCAUUGAACGAUUCAACCAUUUUUUUUC